AUUCGGUGCGGCAUGAAAGGAUGACAGACUCCGAAGGGCCCCAGAGGCCCCCGCUGUGUUUUUUAUCUACAUUGCUUUCCCAGAAGGUUCCUGAGAAGUCAGACGCUGUGCUUCGCUGCAUAAUAUCUGGUCAGCCCAAGCCAGAGGUAACUUGGUAUAAGAAUGGUCAGGCCAUCGAUGGGAGUGGCAUUAUUUCCAACUAUGAAUUCUUUGAGAAUCAGUAUAUUCAUGUGUUACAUCUCUCUUGCUGUACCAAAAAUGAUGCUGCUGUCUAUCAAAUCUCAGCUAAAAACUCUUUUGGAAUGAUCUGUUGUUCUGCUUCCGUUGAGGUUGAGUGCUCAUCAGAGAACCCACAAUUGUCUCCUAAUCUGGAAGAUGACAGGGAUAGGGGUUGGAAACAUGAAACAGGGACACAUGAAGAAGAAAGUGCAAAUCAGAUUGAUGAGAAGGAACAUCCUUAUAAGGAAGAAGAAAGCAUCUCCCCGGGCACUCCCAGGUCAGCUGACUCCUCCCCCUCCAAAUCCAACCAUUCACUCUCCCUCCAGUCAUUGGGCAAUCUUGACAUUAGUGUGUCCAGUUCUGAAAAUCCUUUGGGUGUUAAAGGAACAAGGCACACUGGAGAGGCUUAUGAUCCAAGUAACACAGAAGAAAUUGCAAAUGGGUUGCUUUUUCUUAAUUCAAGUCAUAUUUAUGAAAAACAAGACGGAUGUUGCCACAAGACAGUGCAUUCCAUGGCAUCAAAGUUCACGGAUGGUGACCUGAACAAUGAUGGUCCUCAUGAUGAAGGCUUACGCUCUAGUCAGCAAAAUCCCAAAGUACAGAAAUACAUUAGCCUCAGCCUCCCGCUGUCUGAGGCAACUGCACACAUUUACCCAGGUGACAGUGCCGUGGCCAACAAACAACCCAGCCCACAGCUUUCCAGUGAAGACUCUGACAGUGACUAUGAACUUUGCCCAGAGAUAACCCUAACCUACACCGAGGAGUUUUCAGAUGAUGACCUGGAGUAUCUGGAAUGUUCUGAUGUUAUGACGGAUUACUCUAAUGCAGUUUGGCAAAGGAACCUGCUGGGGACUGAGCAUGUUUUUUUAUUAGAAAGCGAUGACGAAGAGAUGGAAUUCGGUGAGCAUUGCCUGGGUGGGUGUGAGCAUUUCCUCAGUGGAAUGGGUUGUGGGUCUUGGGUGUCAGGUGACGCUGGGCCUAUGGUUGCCACUGCUGGCUUCUGUGGUCAUCACUCACAACCCCAAGAAGUUGGGGUGAGGAGCAGCAGAGUCUCCAAGCACGGUCCCUCAUCCCCACAAACAGGGAUGACUCUCAUUUUGGGACCUCACCAGGAUGGAACGUCUUCAGUGACAGAACAGGGGAGAUAUAAACUCCCCACUGCUCCCGAGGCUGCUGAAAAUGAUUAUCCAGGAAUUCAAGGAGAAACCAGAGACAGCCACCAAGCAAGAGAGGAAUUUGCCAGUGACAAUCUGCUCAACAUGGAUGAAUCAGUAAGAGAGACAGAGAUGAAGCUCUUGUCUGGUGAGUCGGAAAACUCAGGGAUGAGCCAGUGUUGGGAGACGGCAGCUGACAAGAGAGUGGGGGGAAAGGACUUAUGGAGCAAGACGGGUUCACAGAAAUCUGCCAGGGUGAGGCAGCCGGGAAUGAAGGGAAAUCCCAAGAAGCCGAAUGCCAAACUGAGAGAAAGUACAACAGAAGGUACCCUUCAUCUCUGCUCUGCCAAAGAAUCUGCUAAGCCCCCACUAACCCAGAGUGAUAAAAGAGAGACUUCUCACACCACAGCAGCAGCGACUGGUCGGAAUUCCCAUGCUGAUGCAAGACAAUGUGCUAUUUCAACCCAGGCAGAGCAAGAAGCAAAAACCCUUCAAACUUCAACAGACUCAGUCUCCAAAGAAGGCAACACAAAUUGCAAGGGAGAAGGCAUGCAAGUUAAUACUCUAUUUGAAACAAGCCAGGUUCCAGACUGGAGUGAUCCUCCUCAGGUACAAAUUCAGGAAACAGUCAGAGAGACAAUCUCUUGCAGCCAGAUGCCAGCUUUCUCAGAGCCUGCUGGGGAGGAGUCCCCAUUCACUGGGACCACAACAAUUUCCUUCUCAAACUUAGGAGGGGUCCACAAGGAAAAUGCAUCAUUCGCUCAACACUCGGAGGUCAAACCCUGUACCUGUGGUCCACAGCAGGAAGAAAAACAAGACAGAGAUGGCAACAUACCUGACAAUUUCAGGGAAGGCCUAAAAUAUGAGCAGAGCAUCUCAGAAGCCAAUGAUGAGAAUAUGUCCCCAGGUGUGUUCUCAAGGCAUCUCCCCAAGGAUGCUCGUGCUGACUUCAGGGAGCCUGUGGCUGUCUCUGUUGCUUCCCCUGAACCCACAGAUACUGCCCUCACCCUGGAAAAUGUGUGUGAUGAGCCAAGGGACAGAGUAGCAGUGUGUGCAAUGGAGUGUUUUGAGGCUGGUGACCAAGGAACAUGUUUUGAUACCAUAGAUUCUCUUGUUGGGACACCAGUUGAUAAAUAUUUGCCUCAAGAAAUUUGCUCUGUAGAUACUGUAGAACUGGCAGAAGGUCAAAACAAAGUAUCUGAUUUAUGUUCUUCUAAUGACAAGACACUGGAAGUCUUUUUUCAGACACAAGUGUCUGAGACUUCAGUGUCUACGUGCAAAAGCAGCAAGGACGGCAACUCAGUCAUGUCCCCUCUUUUUACCAGUACUUUCACCUUGAACAUUUCACACACAGCUAGUGAAGGUGCCACAGGAGAAAAUCUAGCCAAGGUGGAGAAUUCCACCUACCCACUGGCCUCCACAGUACAUGCUGGCCAGGAGCAGCCAAGCCCCAGCAACUCAGGAGGGCUUGAUGAAACACAGCUCCUUUCUUCUGAGAACAAUCCUUUAGUGCAAUUUAAAGAAGGAGGUGACAAGAGCCCCAGUCCUAGUGCCGCAGACACCACAGCCACACCAACCAGUUAUAGUUCAAUUGUGAGUUUUCCUUGGGAGAAGCCAACAACAUUAACUGCUAAUAAUGAGUGCUUUCAAGCGACCAGGGAGACUGAGGACACAUCAACUGUUACCAUUGCCACCGAAGUCCACCCAGCCAAAUACCUUGCUGUGUCAAUUCCUGAGGACAAGCAUGCAGGUGGCACUGAGGAGAGGUUCCCUCGUGCAUCCCAUGAAAAGGUUUCCCAAUUUCCUUCCCAAGUGCAGUUGGAUCAUAUUUUAAGUGGUGCUACCAUCAAAUCUACAAAAGAGCUACUUUGCAGGGCGCCCAGUGUGCCAGGAGUCCCACACCAUGUCCUGCAGCUCCCAGAGGGAGAGGGUUUCUGCAGUAAUUCCCCUCUUCAGGUUGAUAACCUGUCUGGAGAUAAGAGCCAGACUGUGGACAGAGCAGACUUUAGGAGCUAUGAAGAGAAUUUCCAAGAAAGAGGAAGUGAAACAAAGCAGGGGCUCCAGCAGCAGAGCCUGUCCCAGCAGGGUUCUCUUUCUGCACCUGAUUUCCAACAAAGUUUGCCUACGACAUCUGCUGCACAAGAGGAAAGAAACUUGGUGCCCACGGCCCACUCACCAGCAAGCUCUAGGGAAGGAGCAGGGCAGCGCUCAGGUUGGGGGACGAGGGUCUCCGUGGUGGCUGAAACUGCUGGGGAAGAAGACAGUCAGGCUCUGAGCAACGUUCCAUCUCUCUCUGAUAUCCUUUUGGAAGAGUCUAAAGAAUAUAGACCUGGAAAUUGGGAGGCAGGCAACAAGCUGAAGAUUAUAACUCUAGAGGCUUCCGCUUCUGAAAUCUGGCCACCACGACAACUGACAAAUUCUGAGAGCAAGGCAUCAGAUGGUGGUCUCAUAAUUCCUGACAAGGUCUGGGCUGUACCUGAUAGUCUAAAGGCAGAUGCUGUUGUGCCUGAAUUGGCCCCCUCUGAAAUAGCAGCAUUGGCUCACAGUCCAGAGGAUGCUGACUCAGCCCUUGCUAAUAGCAGAGAAAGCCAUAAAGGCGAAGAGCCCACCAUCAGUGUACACUGGAGAAGUCUUUCUUCCCGGGGUUUCAGCCAACCCAGACUCCUGGAGUCAUCCGUGGACCCUGUAGAUGAAAAGGAGUUAUCUGUCACAGAUUCACUGUCAGCGGCUUCUGAAACUGGAGGGAAGGAAAAUGUUAACAAUGUGAGUCAAGACCAGGAGGAAAAACAACUCAAGAUGGAUCACACUGCCUUCUUUAAAAAGUUUCUGACCUGCCCUAAAAUCCUAGAGUCCUCUGUAGAUCCCAUUGAUGAGAUAAGUGUGACAGAGUACACCAGGGCUGGAAAACCAGAGCCCUCUGAAACCACACCACAGGGCGCCAGAGAAGGGGGUCAAUCAAAUGACGGAAACAUGGGCCACGAAGCGGAAAUCCAGCCGGCCAUUUUGCAAGUUCCAUGUCUCCAGGGAACCAUUCUGAGUGAAAAUAGAAUCAGCAGAAGCCAAGAAGGCAGUAUGAAGCAGGAGGCUGAACAAAUUCAACCUGAGGAGGCAAAAACUGCCAUUUGGCAAGUCCUGCAACCCAGCGAAGGCGGUCAAAGAAUUCCAAGUGGAUGUAGCAUAGGCCAAAUACAAGAAAGCAGUGAUGGGAGCUUAGGGGAGGCUGAGCAAAGCAAAAAGGACAAAGCAGAAUUGAUUUCCCCCACUUCACCUCUUUCUAGCUGUCUUCCAAUAAUGACUCAUGCUUCUCUUGGGGUUGACACGCACAACUCCACAGGCCAAAUUCAUGACGUCCCUGAAAAUGACAUAGUUGAGCCCAGAAAGCGUCAGUAUGUGUUUCCUGUUUCACAGAAAAGGGGAACUAUUGAGAAUGAGCGUGGGAAACCUUUGCCCUCUUCUCCUGAUCUUACCAGGUUCCCUUGUACUUCAUCUCCUGAAGGAAAUGUCACAGACUUUUUGAUAAGCCACAAAAUGGAGGAACCUAAAAUAGAGGUGCUUCAAAUUGGGGAAACCAAACCCCCAAGCUCAUCUAGCUCCUCAGCGAAGAGCUUGGCAUUUAUUUCAGGAGAACGUGAGUUAGAGAAAGCCCCUAAGUUACUGCAGGAUCCAUGUCAAAAGGGCACCCUCGGCUGUGUGAAAAAGUCCAGGGAGAGAGAGAAGUCCCUGGAAGCCCGAGCAGGCAAAUCGCCAGGGGCCCUCACAGCAGUGAUGGGGUCAGAGGAGGUCAAGAGGAAGCCAGAAGCCCCAGGCAGUGGACAUUUAGCUGAGGGAGUAAAGAAGAAAAUUUUGUCCAGGGUGGCAGCCCUGAGGCUGAAACUGGAAGAAAAGGAAAAUAUCAGAAAGAACUCAGCCUUUCUUAAAAAGAUGCCCAAACUCGAAACAUCAUUAUCACACACAGAAGAGAAACAAGACCCAAAAAAGCCAUCUUGCAAAAGAGAAGGAAGAGCUCCAGUAUUACUGAGAAAGAUCCAAGCUGAGAUGUUCCCUGAACACUCUGGAAAUGUAAAAUUAAGCUGCCAAUUUGCAGAAAUUCAUGAAGAUUCUACUAUCUGCUGGACAAAAGAUUCAAAGUCCAUAGCCCAAGUGCAGAGAAGUGCAGGGGACAACUCCACUGUUUCCUUUGCCAUCGUGCAAGCCAGUCCGAAGGACCAGGGACUCUAUUACUGCUGCAUCAAGAACAGCUAUGGAAAAGUGACUGCUGAAUUUAACCUCACAGCUGAAGUUCUCAAACAGCUGUCAAGUCGCCAGGAUACUAAAGGAUGUGAAGAGAUUGAAUUCAGCCAACUCAUCUUCAAAGAAGACUUCCUCCAUGACAGCUACUUUGGGGGCCGCCUGCGUGGUCAGAUCGCCACGGAGGAGCUGCACUUUGGAGAAGGGGUUCACCGCAAAGCCUUCCGCAGCACAGUGAUGCACGGCCUCACGCCUGUCUUCAAACCUGGCCAUGCCUGUGUGCUUAAGGUGCACAAUGCCAUUGCCUAUGGGACCAGAAAUAAUGAUGAGCUCAUCCAAAGGAACUACAAACUCGCUGCCCAGGAAUGCUAUGUUCAAAAUACUGCCAGGUAUUAUGCCAAGAUCUACGCUGCUGAAGCACGGCCUCUGGAGGGCUUUGGAGAAGUACCUGAGAUCAUUCCUAUUUUUCUUAUCCAUCGGCCUGAGAACAAUAUCCCGUAUGCUACAGUGGAGGAGGAGCUGAUUGGAGAAUUUGUGAAGUAUUCCAUCAGGGAUGGGAAAGAAAUAAACUUCUUGAGAAGAGAAUCAGAAGCUGGUCAGAAAUGUUGCACCUUCCAGCACUGGGUGUACCAGAAAACAAGUGGCUGCCUCCUGGUGACGGACAUGCAAGGUGUAGGAAUGAAGCUAACUGACGUUGGCAUAGCAACGCUGGCUAAAGGGCUGGAAUGUAGAGUCCUGAUCACGGCUCACUGCUGCCUCGAACUCCUGGGCUCAUGUAAUCCUCCUGCCUCAGCCUCCCAAGAAACUGGAACUACAGGCAUGCACCACCACACCCAGCUAUUUUUAAUUUUUUUUUGUAGGGGUGGGGUCUCACUAUGUUGCCCAGGCUAGUCUCAAACUGCUGGGUUCAAGCAGUCCUCUCACCCUGGACUCUCAAAGUGCUGGGAUUACAGGCGUGAGCUACCUACCAUACCAAGCCUAGGAGAGAUAUCAGAUAGCAUUUCUCACAGCAUUUACAUCACAGAAUUUCAAAGACUCUUGUGGGACUGUUGCUCAUGAGAACGUAUUUUGGAAACCAGCAUGCCACAGGAGAAAUGGCACAGCAUGGCUUUGAAACAUUUUCACACAUCCUCCGACGGCAUCUCCCCUCAGAACACCUGCUCUGGCUCACAACGUGCCUCUGAACCUUACCAUGUUGUUCCCUCUGCCAGAUAAACCCCAAACCAUCUUUCCUGUAGGAAAUCUUGUAGGAAUCUGCUCGGCAGUGUGAAAAUGGCACCCUCCGCGUUUCCACAGAACUUCCUCCCGCUGAGAUGUGACAGCUUGCUCCAAGAUGGCCGCUUUUGGGAAAGUGCCGCUCCGCUUAUUAAUUAAUCCCUUUUAGUUCCCCUACAGUGUCUGGCACACAGCUGGUACCUGAUCAAUGAAGAAAUCAAUGAGUACACAUGAAAAAUGAAGGGUAUGAGUGGCACUCCGGGAAUCUCUUGCUGUUUCCAGGUGGAAGGCUCCCCAUGUCCCUCCCUUUCCAUGCAGGUGACAAUCCGUUCUACCGGAGCCUAAGUCCAGCCUGGCUUUAUUUUACACACACACAUCACACACCAGACCACGGCUUUGUUUCAAUUCUUCACCCCCAUCCUGACCUCGAAUUCCUUGUCCUUGUAGCCUUUCCCUAUGCGUUAAAACUUCUUCAGAAAGGAUCUCAAACUCAAGCUGUUCAAUGUAGCUUCUGGUUGGCAUCUAAUGGGUUACCAAAGUGCAGGAAAACUUUUCAGUGGGUUUGCCUUGCCUGUCUCCAUUUCCUUUAUUAAGCCAGCCAAGAACCUUGGUUUCUGUAACUCAGCCAGGGCUGGAAAUUUCUGUGACUUUCCUCCACCCCCGCUCUCCAGGUGUGUUUGGAGCCAAUACAUUGUCCAGCACGGUUGUGAGCGGAUCCCAGAGAGAAAGCAGUCACCCUGCUGCUAUCAGUUGGUGAUUUCUGUGUGAGUCUGAAAGGCUAUGCCAUUCAUUAUUAGGAUGAGAGGAGAGAGGAAUUGUUCUUAAGCAAGACAUCAGCCUGGCACAGUUUCUAACACAUAGCAAAUCUUGAAUAAAUCUUUGUUGAGUGAGGGCAGGACUGUGGAAACAGCCUCCGUAGCUCCUCCCCAGGUGGGAUGUUUCAGUGUGACUUUAUUAGAUUGUUUGACACUAACUUCAUAAACAUAAGAUAUACUUGUGUUCCAGUUUAAAUAUAAAGGCAUUUCCAAAGUCAAAUGGAGAUGAGUGUAGAUCACCACUUUUGAGUAGUUUAUCUCCUUGUUGCUCAAAGGAGAGGGGGUCCCUGGACCAGUGACAUCAAUACCCCCCAGAGCCUGGUAGAAAUGCAGAAACUUCCACCCCCACUCCAGACCUACUGAAUCCAAAUCAGCAUUUUAACAGGGUCUCGAGGUCAUUCGCAGGGACCACUCUCAUCCAGGGGGAAUAUAGUUGAGAACAGACUAUAUUGAAUGCUGUUCAUAUUUUGUUUUUGUUUUUGUUUUGUAGAGAUAGGGUCUCGUUAUGUUGCCCAGGCUGGUCUUGUAUUCCUGGGCUCCAGCGAUCCUCCUGUUUCAGCCUCCCAAAGUGCUGGGAUUACAGGCGUGAGCCAGUGCGCCUGGUCUGAAUGCUGUUCAGUGGAGUACAUUUAGUGUUCCAAUUCUGGACAUUGUGAGAGAGGAUGGAUAGAUUCACAUAAAGAGAUAGGCUAAAAAAUUAUACUAAUUAGAGGUUAAGGACAAAAAGACCCAUUUAGUAAAAUUCUAUAGAGUUAAGAUUUUUAAAAAUGAAAAUAUUUGAAAAAGAUCUCAAAUACAAGAUUCUUUAUUCCAUUAUGUUAGAUUCCUAGGGCUGCCAUAACAAAUGACCACAAACCAAGAGCCUCACAGUGAUAGAAAUUGAUUGUCUCACAGUUCUGGGGGCUGGAAGACUGAAAUCAAGGGGUUGGCAGGGUUGGCUCCUUCUGCAGGCUCUGAGGGAGGGUCUGUUCCAUGCCUCUCCUCUGGCUUCCGGGUUUGCUGGCAAUCCUUGGAGCUCCUUGACUGAUAGACGCAUCUCUUUAACUUAUGUCUCCAACAUCACAUGAUAUUCCCCCUGUGGGUCUCUGUCUUUUGUCAUCUUCUUAUGAGACACCAGUAACAGUGGAUUGAGGGCCUCCCCUGCUCCAGUGUGACCUUAUUUAAGAAAUUCCAUCUGUAAUGACGUGAUUUCCAAAUAAGGUCACAUUCUGAGGUUCUGGGAAGGACGUGACUUUGGGGAUGGCGUGGGCAAGGAUGCUACUCAACCCCCUAUAUCUAUCCAACAUGAAAAGGAUAGCAAGUUUCUGCAAUGGUGAUCCUGUUGGAGAGAUGGCCUACAGCUCCAGAUUCAACCCUCAAGGCAGCGGGUGGCACAUGUCGCAUGUAAGGUGGGUCACUAGCAGGGAAACCUGCACUUCCCAUUGCUUGGGUAGAGGAGAGCUUGAUGUCAUUGAAUUCAUGUCCUUUGAAUGAAUCUGGGAUAAUCAAUCUAAGAACACAAAGGGUGUUGCCCUAUUUUUCUUCUUGGGCAAGGGCAACGGCCUUGGUGAUGGCUGUCAGUUUGUGAGAACGGGUCAAAGCAGCAGCCCAACAUCCUGGCUGAGACAGAGACCAAAUUGAGAAAGGAGGAAGAUUUGUAAUUUCUGUAAAUGCUAGGUAGCAAAGAAAAGUCUGCACCUGAGAAAGAUAGGGAAAGGGAAGUUCAACACUGUCUGACAGGCCAAGUUGAGGGUCGAAAAUUAGAGAAAGAGAUGUUCGGAAAUGUGGCGCGGAGACAAGGUAGUGCUGAGCAUGGAGCUGGGCCCCAUUCAUUUUGUUCUUUCAACAUUUAUUGAAAAGCCUCCCCUGGACAGGCGUUCUGGGCAUAAAGCAGUGUCCUGAGAGAGAUCAUAAUCUGUGCAGAGAAGAUGGGGCGCAUACACCCCUAACUCUGAGAGGGGUGUCUAGUUCUCAAGAAGAUGCAGGGAGGAGGUUGGAGAGAUGUCCUUUCAUGGUGCGGAGAGAGCCCACUGGAGCUGGGGCUCGAAGGUAGCUAAGGGCUGAGAAAGGGUCUCUGAGAUGGUGCAGAGAUGCCUUUGCUCUCUGGCCUCACCAAGCCCAGGCACAGCCAUCUUAGCCUCUGCUGCCUGACUCCAGCUUUCUGCGAGGGUCUAAAGAAAGAGGUUAAGUGGAGGUGGAGAAGGAGGCAGAUUCCUGAAAGAAGUCUACCCAGGGGCUGCCCAGAAGUCACGCUCCUUUGACCCAGCUCAGCUUUUUCCAUUCCAGAGGUGGAGACUAUUAGACAGGGGCUCUCUUUUUACCUGGCAUUAACACCUGCUGGCAAGGGAGUGCUUCAGGACGAAGCGGUGAUCUUUCUGGGAGGUCACAGUGUGAAUUAGUUAUUUUUCUCUGCAGAGACCAGAUGUUGUCUGAAUUUGAAAAGCCUCGAGGCAGUCCUGAUGCAAAUGACCGGGACUUGUUUCCAAUGUGCUCAGACAGGGAAGCUGCCCCUGCCCAAUCGUGACACUCCCCAUUUGAGGAGCUCAGGAGUUGGUGUGAAGCAACCGGGGUCCCCCCCAGUGGCAGGUGGGAUUAAACCAUCCAUCCUGACGGAGCAGGCCCCGCGUCCCACCAGGGAGAGAGCGCUCAGGCAUACAGGAAACACUGACAAGCUGACAUUUCAGCCUUUCAAGGGAGCUCCUGCAGAGGAAGAUAGAGAUGUAAAAAUGAUACCAUUAGCAGUAGACGAUUUCCCACUCUGCCAGAUUCAACUCCUUUCUUUGGUUGACCUUUUCUUCAAUGAGAAAGCUUGGCUUUUAGAAACCAAGUCAUUUUUCCCAAGGCCAUGGACUGUGGGCUCCCAGGGGCAGAGCAGUUCCCCUGCCAGGAGGAGGAGGGGCAGCUGGAUUUAUAACAAUCACGGCAGGGUGGAGCUGCAGGCUGCCGCUUUAGCUUCCGAGAGGAAAGAAACCUUUCACGCCCUUAAGAGCUUAAAAAACCCAGCUUGGAUUGUACAGGGAAAAAACUCUCUCCAUUCAGUCCAGGUGUGUCGACCUCUAUAGUUCCUACCAGCCAAUGAAGGAGGCCUGAUUUCUUGAAUCAUAACAGCUACAGAAUCCGCAACAUGCCAGCAUUACAGACUUCUUUUUGCCAGUUUGCCUUUGGCCCUAUUAAGCAACAAUGGCCAGCACUCUCUCCCGCCGGGCAGGGCUGGUUUCAUGCGUGUGCAAUUUGUGCACAGGACCUCACACUCAGAAGGGCCCUGUGUUUGGUUUAAUGCUCUGUGCUUGUUGUCUUGAAAUUCUUAAUACUUUUUGAACGAAGAGCCUGUUUUCGUUUUGUACUGGGCCCUACAUGUCACUGGUCCUGAAUGCCAGGCACCCUCUGCCCCUACCCUUUACCUGGAAAAUCCCUCAGCUUUGACUCGCUUCAAAGUCUCUUCCACAGGAAGCCCGCAUCAGUUGCAUCAGUUGUAGUGUUGAUAAUUAUAACAACAUGAUCAACAUCAGUUGAAUCUUUACUGUGUUAUGCUCUGAGCUACGUGGUUUCUAUGGAUUUUCUCAUUUCAUCCCCUCAACAACCCUAUGGGCAUUGUUAUUAUUAUUAUUAUAUUAUUUUUUGAGACGAAGUCUCGCUCUGUCGCCAGACUGGAGUGCAGUGGCGUGAUCUCGUCUCACUGCAACCUCUGCCUCCUGGAUUCAAAUGAUUCUCCUGUCUCAGCCUCCUGAGUAGCUGGGACUACAGGCGCAUGCCACCACACCCAGCUAAUUUUUGUAUUUUUAGAAGAGUUGGGGUUUUACCAUGUUGGCCAGGAUGGUUGCGAUCUCUUGACCUCGUGAUCCACCCGCCUCAGUGGGCAUUAUUAUUAUUCACACUUUGGAGAUCAGGAAACUGACAGAAACUUAGCCCACCAAUUAUUGUCCAGGUUUACCAGCCAGCAAUGCUUCCCCUGCAUCGUAUUCAUCAUAUUUCACUGUAAUGACUUGAUAUCUAUCUUCUUCACUGGAAAACAUGAGUCAAUGUCUUGUGUGUUCUCUGUCGAAUCCGUAGCCUCAAGCACAGUGCUUGGCUAGGUGCGCUCUAGAGAAGGGAGGGAGGAAAGUUGCUGUCCCUUCCUCCCAUGUGACUAUAUUUUUAAAGAACACAGCACUGAUACAGGUCAACACAAGAAUAGACAAAUGAAAACGCAUUCUGAAAAACCACUAAAAUAAAAGCAUCCCACUCUUUUUUCAAUCAUCCUCUAUUGAGUUUCUGCCAUUUACUAAGCACUGGACUAGGUGUUGGCGUACGGUGGUGAGCAAAGAGUGACCUCUGCCAUCACAGAAUUUACAGUGAGUGGAGAGACAGAAAUUAACCAUCUCAUCCACUCACAGAUGUCAGACUAUGUGUGUGACAGUGCCACAAAGAGGAGGUGCAGAGUCCAGGAGAGUCUAUGACAGGGGGAUGUGACUUGGUUGGAAAGGUCAAAUGAGCUGAGAAUUUAAAGUGAGCAAAGGCCGGGCAUGGUGGCUCACGUUUGUAAUCCCAGCACUUUGGGAGGCCGAAGCAGGUGGAUCACCUGAGGUCAGGAGUUUGAGACCAGCCUGGCCAACAUGGUGAAGCCCUGUCUCUACUUAAAAAAAAAAAAAAAAAAAAAAAAUUAGCCAGGUGUGGUGGUGGAUGCCUGUAAUCCCAGCUACUCGGGAGGCUGAGGCAGGAGAAUCACUUGAACCUGGGAAACGGAGGUUGCAAUGAGCUGAGAUUGAGCCAUUGCACUCCAGCCUGGGCAACAAGAAUGAGACUCUGUCUCAAUAAGUAAAUAAAUAAAGUGAGUAGGACUUAUCUAGAAAAAGGAGGAAGGAGCAUCCCAUGCAGGGGGAAUAGCGCAGGCAGAAACUUUUGGGAGGAGGGAGCUUGGACACACUUCUAAUGGCUGAAGAGGUCAAUGGGUUGGAAGAUGCAGCCAGACAGUGCAGGAUCACAGGCAGUUUCAGGAAGUUUGUCUUCGUUUUAACAGCAAUGGGAUUUUAAGCAGGAGAUAUGACUUAUGUUUUGUAGAGGUUACUCUGGUGGCAGUGUGGAGAAUGCAUUGAUGGGGAGGGGCUGAGUGAAUGCAACGUGGACCUCAUAGGUUUACAUAUGUGCUACUUCAAAGUGUUUAUCCCCAUGGGAUUCAUGUUGAAGGCAAAUUCCUUUGACAAAGGAGCUCAUCUGCGGUGACAAGGAGGACCUUUGGACAUCUCAAGGAGAUACCACUUAUUGGGGAGGGUAUGUGGCUGGCACUAUGCUCACCUGGCCUCCUCCACACUCUGUGAGGAGCUGUGACUGGAUUCAGUGUGUGCGUGGGAUUUGGGGAUUUUCUGGUGGCUGGCAGGAAGACCUGCAGGGUCACUUUCCUAGCUACUAAACAAGCUGCAAUAGCCUACUACCCUUUCACAUUCUGCCCAGAACCCAGGAAGCCUGCACCUUCAACCAGUUUUUUGAUGGAUCUUGUUCAUCUGCAGAUAGCUGGGGAGACUUAGGGGCUGGGCAGCUGUCCAUUUAAGGAGCACACUAACCUACCAUAAUUGGGACAUGAAAACAUGGCCAUUUAUAAUUUAAGUAUUUAAAUGUCCCAACCAAGAGGAACAACCCCUGAAACUACUCCUGGCCAAGGAGUCAGCAUGGACCCUUUUAGGGCCUACUGGAGACAAAGGCUCUGCCAGAGACAAAAAUUCUUCUUCUCCUGGGGACAAAGCGGGCUGCCAGGGGAGUGAGCUCUGCUGUAGGAGAAAGACUCAGAGGGCUUCAUUCUAAUCUUGUCUCUUACAUCAACUUGCGUUGUUUUCUUGGGGUAGUCUCAUGACCUCUUAACCUGAAUUUCUUCAACUGUAAAUUGAAGGGUCUAAACAAAAUAAUUUCUUUCAGUUCCAAAGUUCUGAAAUUCUUUAUUGAGAACUUCUCGGUGUGAUGGAGUGGCUUUCGAUCACUAAGAGAUCUGUGUUUUAUCAAAAUAGCCCAGCACUGGUCAUUGUGGCUAUGAGGAACAGGGCAAUAAAAUGCUGGUACAUUCCAACCAUGAGCACCUGGGACCCCUGGAUACUCCAAGGCCUUUGAUCAUCACUGUACGUGCCAGCGGAUCUUUGCCUUUACUUAUUUCCACAGUCUUUGUUUUUUACCUUCACUGAUAGUUGUGUCUAUCCUGCGUCCAUUCUUAUCUAAAACAGAAAUUCAUAUAUGUUCCAUGCACCAUUAGUUUUCCCUUUCAAGUUUUUCUUUUUAAACUGAUGAAAGUGUCCUGUUUUUAAAAGCUAUGUUUCCUUCCACCCAAAC